AUGUUCAAAUCAAAACCUUCUCCUUCCCCAUCCCCAGCUCCUGAAGAACUACCUCCACUUCCACCACUUCAAUUCCAUGGCUAUAAACCCACCACCACCCAGAAACUCCUCACCCAUGAUAUUUCUUCCAAUAUAAGAAACUUACUUCCUCCUCGUUUACAACUAUUUAAUGACUGGUACCUAAUAUACUCCCUAGAUCAACACGGGAUCUCCCUAAACACAUUAUAUAACAAUUCAAAACUUUCCAAUCAAGUCCACAAACCCAAGAUAGAAAAAGGUUACGGAGACCAAAUCAUCAGUAGGAUAAUGAAAGAAUCUCCUACCAUUCGUAGACCUGUGGGUUAUGUUUUGAUAGUUAAAGACAAUAAGAAUAAUAAGUUUGGAGCCUAUUUGAACGAAAACCUCAAACCAAUGGAUCAUAAACGGUACUAUGGGAACGGGGAGAGUUUCCUCUGGAAACAAGAGCAUGUUAAAGGAACUAAAGAUCAUAGAUUUAAAGCUUUUAUGUAUACGGGGAUCAAUGAUAACAUAAUAUAUUCCAACCAUGAUUUCAUAGCCAUUGGCUCGUCCAAUGGGCAAAAUGGUCUUUAUAUCAACAAGUCGUUGGAAGAAGGAAUCAGCUAUCGGUGUGAAACGUUUGGUAAUGAGAUCUUGAAUGGCGAUGGAGAUUUGGGGGGAAAUAGUCAUAAGUUUGGUGAUAAGGUGUUUGGGAAGUUUGAAAUCAGGGGGAUAGAGUUAUGGAGAGUGGGUAGUUUGGAUUAG